UUCGGCAGUCGGACGGAACCAAGAAACAACACACCACCACACCACCACGCUCACUCUUUGCUUUCUUCCCCACCCCACUAUUGCGCUCUGUUCACAUGCAGCCACCUGCCCCUCGCUGAUCAUGGAGGCAAGCGGCAGUGAAGCUGCGGUAGAAGUGGCGUCUACUGCGAACAAUGGCAGCGGUAACAACAACAGCAGCCGCAACAGCCCGCGUGCGGAUGGUCAACAAAGCCCGAUUCUAGUUCGACAAGCAGGCGCGUGGGUCGAGUAUCACGACGCAAACGGCAUUCCGUUCUUCUUCAACAACAACACAAAGGCAUCGACCUGGGAGCGCCCAAGAGACCUCGAGCAGCCACCCUCCCUCUGCCCGCUCUGUGGCGCAGGCUACAAGGAACAGUACCAGAUGCUGGCACACAUGGACGAGUGCCGCAAAGGCAAGCGCAAGAGCAACCAACAACAACAACAACAACAACAACAACAACAACAACAACAACAACAACAACAACAACAACAACAACAACAACAACAACAACAACAACUACAAGAGGGCACCGCUGCGUCGUAUGAGCAGCUGAGGUCUCUGCUCGUUGCGAUGCACGCGCCGGCCUGGCGACAGACGAAGCAGCAGCUGGCCCGUCUCUCUGCAGCAGAACUCGACGCCUUUCCUCUUGUCGACUAUGCACGCACCACCAUUGAAUAUCGCAAGCGUCUCGUGGAGCAGGAGGAAGAGGAACACGCGGCAGAGGAGCAGCGAUUGCGCACGCGUCUGAACGGUCUUCAGGCAACAGAGACGGUCGCCCUGUCGUGUGCAGCCAUGAACACGUGCGUCUUCAGCGAAAUGGAGUGGCUCUGCAUCAUGGAGGAGGCCCUCGAGGACACACACGCGACGGGCGGCGUUGCGUCCGUUGUCGAGCUGGUGCGACGGAUACAGCGACAAGCGCAGCAACAACAACAACAACAGCAGCAACAGUAUGGAGAUGUGCCGGAAAAGCGGGCGAAGGUGGACAUGCACUGAUGACCGUGGUGGUAGUGGUGGUGGUGGUGAUUUGGACGAUGCGACAGCUGAUGCGACAUGUUUCCUUCCAGCUUUGAGGUGAUGAUUGAUGAUGCACUUGUACUUGAUUGCGAGAACGUGUACGCGAAUGCGGGUUUGAUUAAAGGAACAGCAA